GAUUAUGCCUCAACAGAUGAGGAUGCCUCAACAGAGGAUGCCUCCAGAUAUGAUGAUGCCUCAAAAUAUGAUUAUGCCUCAACAGAUGAGGAUGCCUCAACAGACGAUGAAGUCUCAACGGAUGAUGUAUCCAAACUCACAAUCUCAAUCCACAACCCCCAAAAGUUCUAUUUCUGCCAAAUCUACAAAUAAGAAACGGGGCCAGGAUUGGUGUGGCCUUUGUGGUAAAUUUUUUUUCCACCUAUGGAGACAUUUUACUAACAAACAUCAAACCGAGCCAUAUGUCAUCUCACUGAUAAAGCUGCAAGCGUUAAACAUAGAAGAAUUUGACAGACAAUGGGCAACAUUAAAAUCAGAAAUGCUUAAGAAAAGUGGACUUGUAGAUGCUCAGACAAUCAUAUGUGAUUGCGGCAGGAGGUGCAAACGCUCUACCAUCGCACAGCAUAUUCGUUUGUAUUGCCCUAAGAACAAGGACAUAGUAAAUCGAAGAAAGAAAGUAAAAGAACUGAGAUCAAAAGCGUCUUCCGAUGACUGGCACCCUAAAUUGUUUAAGGAGCUGUCUCUGAGCAUGAAAAAAGAUGAGGUCUAUCAUAUUGGAGCUAAAGAUGUUAUUCUUGUUGGGUAUAUAACAAAUGCAUUGGAAAACCGGACUGAUCAAGAUGACUAUGGUACCAUCAAAACUAGAUUUAGGAUGAUCUCAAAGAUAAUUGCCGCGGUGUCGGAAGCUGCAGGGAAAGAACUUAGUAUGUUGGAAGUCCUUAAUGUCAAAAAGUACUGGAAGAUUAUGACGGAUCUUGGAACUGGUAAAUUGAAAACUGACUUCUUCAACUUCAAAGCAGUCUCAUUAGAGUUUCCGAAAGCCUUGGGAAUUAUGGCAGCACAGGCUUUAAAGCAUUUACGGGAAACCGGCAGUGAUCCAAAGCUGAUAGAAGAUGUAAAAGAGUUCCAGCUCCACAGGAAUGAGUACUGGAACCAGGAUGUGGGGAAGAAAUUAUCAGUGGAGAAGAAGAUAUUGAAAUUUAAUAAAGCACUAGUGAUGCCUACCAAAUCUCUUGUUGAAAGUUCUGAUUCUCUGGAGGAGCAGAGUACAUCCAGAUCCAAGAAGCAGAAGAUGACAAAGCCUAAAGAGAAUCUUUUUACACCUAAGAGAGAAAGAAUGGAAUCUUUAAUGACUGGAAAAGUAAUAAUCUCUCCAUAUGAACAUUCGAGAAGGAGACUUAAGGAGGACUACAAAGAGCUUUUAAAAUUCGCAUUUAAAAAGGAAUUUGAUGCCAUUCCUCCCAGAAGGCCGAAGAUGGAUGAUGCCAGGAAGGUAAUGGAGAGGGCAGGAUUACCCUGGGACACUUUACUACAUAACAAAGUUGAAAACUUCCUGAAUGCAGAGAAGGAGAGAAGAACAAAUAUAUUGGCGUGUAAAACUGACCUUCUGAAAAACCCAAAAGUAUUUAUUUCAUCAACAUUGUUUUUCAAUAUUUUUAUUUAUCUAAUCCCUGGCCUUUAUAUUAUGAUACCACGUCGAGUUACAGUCUCCUACAUCUGUCCUUACAUUUUCAGAUCUCUUAUCCCUGUCCUGAUAGUAUCUUCUCGUCGUCUUUUUACUCCACUAUCCCUGUCCUUACAUUCUGGAAUCUCUUUCCUUAUAUUAACUCAAAACUAUCCUUAUAUUAUCUUAUCCCUAUUCUUACAUUCUCAAAUUUUAUUGUUAUUUUAUGUUAUCACUGUCUGUGUCUUACAUUCUCAUAUCUUGUUCUUACAUUCACUUAUAUACGACCUUAUAUUAUCAAAUCAAUGUCCUUACAUUCUGAUUUCCUCGCCCUUACAUUUUUUAUCCACAUUUUUAUAAUAUUUCAUCCAUGUCCUUAUCUCAUUUUGGCUUCCCCGUCAUUACAUUAUCAUAUUCAGGUCAUGUUAGUAUCUUAUCUUUUUCCAUACAUUCUCUAAUUUUAUCCUUGUAUUAUCUUAACACUCUUUUUAUCCAUUAUUCCUGUCCUUUCAUUUACUUAUAUCCGACCAUAUAUUUUCUUAUACCCGUCCUUACACUCUCACAUCCCUAUCCUUACAUUCUCUUAUCCCCGUACUUAUACUCUCAUCGCUACAUUCUCAUUUCCCUGUCUUUAAUUAUCAUAUUUCCGUCCUUACAAUUCACUCAGACAUUUUGUCAUCCGGUUUAAUAUAUUGUUUUUUGACUUUGUUGAUGAAAUAAAUUCUCUUGCUUUAUAGAUUCUAAAUUAGUAUGAUUACACAGAUAUUAUAGAUUUUAAAUUUUAUUUUACUACGCAGAAUGGUUGACAUAGUUUUUGACAUUAAUUUUUGACAUCUGUUUUUUUGGGACAUUGAAGUACUAUACAAAAUAACCUUAAUGACUGUUACCUAGAAAUAUCAAUUGUGUAAAGUAUUUUUUUAACCAAAAUGUACAAACUAAUUAGAACUGUAAAUAUUGAACAUUGUCAUUUUAAAAAUUCAUAUUUGUAAACUUAUUAUGUAAACCGUUGUACCAGAAUUAUCUAAAUAUAACUCAUUUAAAAACCACAUAAAGAUUUAAAUUAUUGGAAUAUUAUUUUUCAACUCUAAAAAUGUCUUUGAUUUACUAAAUGCAAGAAGAAAACUGCAGGGUGGCCAA